AGUGCGUUUGUUACCGCAGGAGGCCGAGGAGGAUUCAAAGGAUUUGGAAAGUUUGCUCUACUUGUUUAAUUAACAGUGGAUUGUUCCUUAUCUUGACACAACCUGAUUUAGAAGGUUUCGGUGUCUGCUUGAUGUUGCUGUGGUGAAGUGAAGAUGCCUGCAGCAGAAUGGCCCCAAAUCCUGACCAUCAUCAUAGCCUGCAUUCCAGGCCUUACCAGCUCGUUGAUCUUCACCUGGUCGUCGGUCUACAUCCCCAUCCUGCCCCUACAGUACAACAUCUCGGAAAACGACGCCAACUAUCUUCCAAUAGUGUCUUCUUUAGGGUGUUCGAUUCCAGCCCUCUUCUUCUACAAACUGCCCUGCUGGAUCGGCCCCAAGGGCGCCCUGCUCCUUCUGAGCAUUCCCCAGGCCGCCUACUGGAUAAUCACGAUUUUUGCCAGGGAUAUCGUUUGGUUGUGCGUGGCGCGGUUCGUAGGGGGCGCAGCUGAUGCCAUCAUGUACGCGGUGCUGCCUAUGUAUCUGGGAGAGGUGACCACGCCCAAAAUUAGAGGCACAUGGGGAAACGGGCAGACGUUUUCCUUUAAUGCCGGGUUCUUUGUUAUGAGCGCAACUGGCAGUUUCUUGACCAUCCAGACCACCGCCUGUGUGUUUCUGAGCCUGCCUGUUCUGUUCACUGCGCUCUUUAUGUGGAUGCCCGAGUCGCCCUACUACUUCAUAGCCAAAGGGCGGGACGCCAAGGCGCGUAGUUCGUUGCAGUUUUUGCUGCGCAAAAAGAACGUCAACGAAGAGUUCCAGAGCCUGAAAAAGGACGUGGAUCGGCAGGUUUCUGAGACGGGCACCUGGAGGGACCUGUGGAUGAUCAGGAGCAACCGCAGGGCGCUGAUAGCCUGCGUUUUCCUCAGAUGGGCGCAGCAGCUGGCAGGAAUUGCGGUGUUUGAGACUUACUUCCAGUUCAUUUUCCAGAAGGCUGGGCCUACGGCCUUGACUCCACAAGGAUCGGCCCUGGUUUUUUCUGGAGCGCUCUGGCUGGCCAUGACCGGGUUCUCCUUCACUCUGGACAAGCUGGGAAGACGCAAGUCUUUUGUGUUCUCCGCCCUGGGCUGCGCCCUGUGCCUGACUGCCGAAUCCUGCUACUUCUUCAUCGACGAAUUCCGGCCGGGGCUGGACCUGGCCAGCUUCAGCUGGUUCCCCAUUGCGGGCCUACUGCUCUACAUCUUCUUCUACGCUUUCGGCCUGGGCAUCCUCCCUAGCUUGAUGGCUGGGGAGUUGUUCUCAGCAAGCAUCAAGGCCAAAGGCCUGGCGGUGGCCAACGUCUUCAUGGGCGUCAUCUGCUUCUUCACUGCCACCAUCUUCAAGACUCUGAGCAAUGAGCUCGGCCUCUAUGCGCCCUUUGCUCUCUUCGCCCUUUGCACCUUCGGCUCCUGCGCGCUCUCUCUUAGCAUCGUCCCGGAAACCCGCGGCAGAACCCUGGAAGAAAUCCAGCAGGACUUGAAGGGCGCCCGCAAGUUCUAACUGCUGUUGCAAAGCGACCUUCUCGGCCGUUCCCAUGCGAAUUUGCCCAUCAACAAGCCUCGGCCGGCAUUUUUUCAAUGUUUAGUCGAACCGUAUCAUUAGCAACAAUAAAUUUUCCCGCGUAACCAGGCCUUUGGAAGGUGCAGAACUGAGAGACGGGCGAUCACCAAAAACUGCUAAUUAACUCUGCCUAAUACGUCUUGUGAAGCUGAGGAAUUUGUUGGGCGCAUUUUUGCCCUGCAGACACCGAUUGGCGUGUGAAUUGGCGAUUGUUUGUUUAAUUAGCCAUCGUUGAUGGUAAAAAAUGUGAUGCCUGCUCAAUUCCGGAUUUUUAUUUCGAUGCGAAACAACCAGAAGGCUCGGUUUGAGUUGCUUGGUUUUAUCCAAACAGCGAGGAAAAGUGUUGGUUUUAGGACGGUUGAUGCUGAUCUGUGUGUUUGCUUUUACAUGGUUAAAGUCAGGUUGUUUGUGGAUGUGGAGAAUGAUUUGCAGCUGAAAUCAGGCAAUAAUAUAAAGUCAAAGUCACUGUUUUGUUGAGCAGACGAACCAA